AUGUCCCAGCAACGGGAAGCACAAGCUGCCAAUUCCCCUCCUCGCACUCCUCCGUCACAAACCGCCAGAUACAAGCCUUCAAAGCGCGGGUAUCAAGCUCGACCUUCCAUUCGCGAUGCCUUCCCGGACGCCCCCGUCGAGAAUACUGCAAGAGUCAGCGAAUCCGGAGACGAACGAGAUCCCCAUGACCUGUCUUUAUCUCCAAAACAUGCUGCUCGAACCUCUAUUGUCGACAACAUGCUCCUCUCGUUGGACCAAUUCGCCCCCAGCUCGUCCAUUUUAGAUGACUAUCGCCUGUUUAACUCCGCCUUUGAAUCCGACCAGCACAGUCAUUACUCCCAGGAAUCGAACUCGCAUGGCAGAUACCGGGGCCACACGUUCUCUUCAUCAAUGUCAUCGGAACCAGACUAUGGAUAUGAGGAUGGCAGUGGCCGAUAUGCAACGAUCACGGCCACCAAGGGCCGACGAAGCAACAGCAGUUCCAAUCACCAGACAGCACCAAGGCGGAUGGGAAGCUCUCGCGGCGGAGACGCAAUGAGUUCGCGUGUUGGUGGAACUAUGCCACGAACAAACAACGCUCGUCAAGGUAGCAAAGGGAGCUCUUCGUCCGCCGCAGACUACUCGUAUACAAUCCCCAGAGCACGAAUGGAUCAGGGCUUGGACCGACGCUCAAACAGUUUCGACUGCGGACCCAAACGAGCCUACGUUCCGUAUGCGGAACCUAAUGUUGGGCAGGAUUCGAUGCUGUACGACGACGACGACGCUGCGCCCACUCCAAGUGUCCCAGCUGGACCCCGAAAAGUGCCCGAUUACAAUCAGACACCAACUGCUUCUUCUUCGAGAACCCCAGUGGCAUCACGACGCACGAGCCCGAAAUCUGCAGCUCCUCAGGCGCGGAAGACUCGUCCUGAUAAUAUCGGCACGGGGACCCUGAGAGUUCGGGAUAAUGAAUUCCAAAAUAUGGGUGAUACGGACCUUGAACCCCCGCCGGCCAUCUCGGAUUCGUUGGAUCCUCCCGCUCCAAGUCCGACUAUUUCGUAUAACAAGCCAGCUUUUCCCCCAGCAGACCCCGUGCACACAACCACAACCAUCACUUCAAACGGUGGCGGAAUCAACGCAAAAGAACGCCCAGGCUUCUUCAGGCGUGUGUUUGGGUCUAAGAACCAGUCUCCUGGGCCUGCAGAUUCGCCUAUUUCCAGCUACAACGCCAACGAUCUCUCUUACCUUCAGGACCCCGAGCCCAAGGACAACAAUGGGGCAACUGCCAACCUGAGGACACGAAAUCUCCAGGCUCCAAAGAGCUCUGCGGGUGCUUCUCCGGCAUCUGUCCGCACAGGGUCACCUCAGGUGGUGAACAAAAAGUCCUCGUUCUUCCGUAGAAGAAAGAAGUCGGUGGCUGAACACGUCCCUCCGCCCAUCAUGAUUCCCCAGCAUCUUGCGUCAAACAAUGCGGAUACCAUGAAACCACACCCAAGCCCUGUGAGCAGUUUGCGGCAGGUCAUGAAUCCAUAUCUCGACCACGUACCAGACCAAAAAGAAAACAAAGAAGUCUCUGACUGGGAGGCUCAAGUACGAGAGCCCGAAUUUUUGCAGGCACAGAAAAAACGAGAGAGCGUAUCGGCUCCCGGUGCUCCCAAAGCUAGGGCUUCUCUUCAGCCUUCUGCUCCCCCACGUGGCCAAGAUCAUUUAGCGCCCAUAGAUACUCGUGCUCAACCAUCGGAUGAUGAAGUGUCUCCCGACCCGAUUAUUCUAGAAAAGCCCCAGAGCAACGGUGCCCCUGCGGCUUUGUCCCCGGUGGUGGAAGAUUUCUCGCGCAGCGUCAAUUCCACCAAAGAGGCCCCUCGCAUCAAUGUGACAAAACUGAUACUUCCUGAUGACAAUCCUUGUGACUCCCCCGUGGAGUCUGUUUCAGAGACAUCGCAGUACCAAACAGCUGCCAACACUCCACACAUUGAGCAGGAAGAGCCCACGGUGGCACCUGGCACUGCAGACAGUGCAGACGGGCCAGGUGAGGCGGUUGAAGAUGGUCCUACAGUGGCAGACCGAGAACAGGCCCAGAAACUCUUCGAUAGCCAGGACGAAGUUGUGGGUGAUGAUCCAGCUGCCGCUUGGCUGGGUGAUCCCGAUCGAGCAACGAUCCGAGAGGCAUAUAUGCGACUUUUCAACUGGUCCAAUCUUAACAUUGUUGCAGCCCUUCGGUCUCUUUGUGAGCGUUUGGUCCUCAAGGGAGAAACUCAACAGGUGGAUCGAGUGUUAGAUGCAUUUUCCGUUCGAUGGUGCGAUUGCAACCCGAGCCAUGGCUUCAAGGCUACUGACGUUGUUCACACUAUUUGCUACUCCAUUCUCUUGCUCAAUACCGACUUACACUUGGCGGACAUCGAUUCGAAGAUGACCAAGUCUCAGUUUGUCCGCAACACCAUGCCCACUAUUCAUCGAGUGGCAAUGGAUGCUGCCCCCGAGGGAUUCGAAACUCUGCGCCCGAUUCGCUCCAGAACCGAGAAUCGACGCCCGGAAUCUGUAUCUGCCCCUACAUCGGCACGCUCUGCAACUUUCCCAGGCGAUGUCACUCGCAACUCUUUAGACAAAGACAGCGAGGCUAAUGUUGACGCGGGACCAUUGGUUAACACGCCAUUCAAUGGAACCGUGAGAGCAUGGGAACAACAAGUGGAGAUUGUUCUCAAGGAGUUUUAUACUUCAAUUCAGAAACAGAGGCUUCCUCUCUUCGGCGCUCAGCCAGAGAGGGAGGUCUCACGUAUAGCAUCCAACAACUUUCUGGGUCCAUCUUCCAGCAUGCUUCGCAGAAGUCCCAGCACAAUUAGCAAGAGUGGUUCUGACAUCUAUCCCCGCGGCCGCUCUGCUGAUUCGCGCCAUGGAGCUGCACGGUGGUCAUCCAAACCUCGCUCGCGUGCUGGUCGGUUGUAUCCUCCUUCGAUGAUGGGCUCCAGUCGAACCAGCCUGGAUGAUCAAUCUUCAGUUUGGAGUCCAACAGGUUCCAGCACCUGGAGCAAGUAUUCUCUGGGGAAAUUUACCUCAGCUUCAGUGGAUUCCUUUGGUUCGGACUUCCCCCGCGGGGACUAUCAGCAAUCUAUUGGGUUCGCCAAUGCUCUGAGUCAAGCCAUCAUUCGCGAAGACACGGCUACUUCUGUAUACAGCUACGAAGAGCCAGCCACCCCCUUGCUUGCGGACGAGACCUUGGCCCUUGCCGGUGCUCCCUGGGCUAAAGAGGGAAGUCUGAAGCACAAGCAUCAUUUGGAUGCAGUGGACAAGAGAGCCAAAGACCGCAAUUGGAAUGACUGCUUUGCGGUCAUCCAACAAGGUUGGAUGCGUCUGUUCUCAUUUACCAACACCACCAAGUCCAUGCGGGCUAAAGCCAAACAACGCGGUGGUGUUGUGGUUGGCGGGGGUAACUGGACGGAAAAUGCGGAGGAGCUUUGGAAGUUCAUGCUGCGCCAGACCAUCGCCAGUGCUUUGCCAUCCCCGGGUUAUUCCAAGUCUCGUCCUCAUGUUUGGGCACUGAGUUUGCCCACGGGAGCAGUCCAUCUUUUCCAAGCCGGAACCCCCGAAAUUGUACGAGAAUUCGUUUCCACUGCCAACUACUGGAGCGCGCGAUUGUCCAAGCAGCCCCUAGUUGGCGGUGUCAGCAAUAUCGAAUAUGGAUGGAGUGAGGCUGUGAUCAACAGUGCCCUGAUUGGAGGCGAAAGUCGAUCCCCACCACCUUCGUCGGGCGCACGACCCAGUAUUCAGAGCUCUAUCCGAAGCUCCAUUGAUCAACAGGGCAUUCGGCCCCGACUUCCUGCGGAUCGGGUCAACAUCAGUGACUGGAGCCCGCCGCAACAGAGCAUGGUGGCCUCCAAUUUCAGUGAAGAGGAUCAGCUUAAGUCUCUGCAGGAUUAUGUGAAGAAUGUCGAAGACGAUCUGUCCCGGCACAAUGAGCUACGCUCUGCUAUGAACCUGGCAUUUUCUCCACGCCACCCUAACGCCGCCAAAGCCAUGGCCAACUGGGAACGCAAAUCAUCCUAUCUAUUACGAGAGAUUGUCAAAUUCCGCACUUAUAUCGAUUCCCUGCGCAACGCCAUCAACUCCAAGGAGAAGAUCUACGCUUCUUCCAGUGAUACUCCGACUCCAGCUGAGGAGGUGACUAUGGAGCAAGCUGCCGUCGCAUAA